AUGGUGGUGGCUGCCAAUAUGUUGAUGGAGAAUGUCAGCUCCGAAAGCGUAAAUGUGACCUCUCCACUAACCCCGUUGCGUAUGAGCUCGACCACCAGGCGGACUGAGCCUCGCAAAUCUGGAUCGAAAUCCAAGAAGCCACCUCGUGAUUCGAGAAAGAAAGAGAGGCAGGAAUUCCAGAAAUGUCACCAGGACCCUGGGUUCGAUUUUGACUAUGAACUACCAACUACUUCGCUAAGCGAAGAUACGGAAGACUCUGAAAAGAUACCCAUCAUGACGAGUCGAGUUUCAAGGUUGGCCAGUGUACUCCUAACUUCUGGAAAGGUGAUUAAUUCGAAGUUCAAUGUGGUAGAUGCCCUUGGCAAUGGCGAGUCAAAAGGUAGUGGAAGCGAGCAGAUCCAUAUUUCACGUGCUACACGUAACAGAACAGAAGCUGUCAAGGCCAUGAUAGCUGUCAAGUACCACUGGAUGGAACGCAGCAUAGAACCGGCGGAUGAAAGCGAGACUAAUAAUCAUCCAGGUGUCCAAGGAGUAUACAAUCCACUUCAAGUGAUUCGGAACAGAGCAAUCCGUGCAAAGCACCACGAGCCAGCACCCAUUUCAUUUCGGAGUCUUCCGUUGGCAGUGAAUGUGUUCAGUGUGCGGAAUAGAACCAACCACAAGCAUAAGGAGGCAUGGAAACUGAUUUGGGGUAUCGAGCUUGGUGAGCUUAUGAGUGACGUGUCGUGGAGAACCUCCCACUGGCAUGAACUUCGCAAACAUAAUGGAGAAUUAUGGUUUCCAGAUAGCAACAGCAAUUCGGUCAAAAGCGGAGGCUCUGUAGCUACGGGUUCUUCGAGUUUAACUAACACGGGAAGAAUGCACGAUGCACUUUUCAAGGAUCCAAGCAAUGAGAAUAGUCUUGAUGAUAUUAAUUUAAAUCUGAUCCCAAUCGAAAGUGCCAGACCACCGAAACUGCUUAGAAGCAAUUUGAAGAGCAAGGCCAAGAGACUUUACGGGAACUCCACUGGUGGAGUUCUGACUUCUGAUUCGGACGUUGCAGAGUUGGCUUAUAGUGAUCCACACUCCAAAUCGGUUGACAACCUAUCCAAGGUUCGCAUUGCCAGACUCGUAAGGAGGACCUCGGACAAUACCGAGAGGAAGCUAUCCAAUGGUGAAGAGCUAGAAAUACAGAUUUCUCACACCCUGACGCCAUCUCGGCGUGUGUCUUUGUCGAGUCAUGAAAUGUUGCACCAGGCGCCACGAAUCGUCAUCAAUAACUUUGAACAAGAAGAGGAUUUGUCUAAGUUAGUAGACUUGGAGGACACAACCGCAGAAGUAGAGGAGUUUCCCAAGCAUUUGCAAGACGUCGUCUUCAAUCCAAUGGACAAGCGGAACGAUAAGGAAUUGGUUGAAAACGUGUCUCAGGAGCCUAUUCGACUGAGUGAAAGUAAAGAACCAGAGAUUUUCGUGGAUCUCGAAGGUCCACGAGUCAAUUUCCUAGGUGAGAAGCAGGAGUACUUGGACAGAAUGAUUUUUCUCAACUAUAACUAUCUAACCAGUGUUUAUCCCGCUUCCAUGGAGAUUAUCACUAAAAACGCAGACAAGAUUUUGCAGCAGCAAUUCGGACUGAUCUUCAGAGACAUAAUCAAUGUCAAUGACAGUCAGUUGCCUCGCUACGAAGAUUACUACACUGGUUAUGUAAACGAAUCCAAAUCACUCAUUCAGAUGGCCAACAACAACUACGCUGUUCGCAUCGACAAUCUACUUAGUGCCACUGACCGGUCAAUCGGAGAGAUCAAUACUUCAUUGUCGAUGGACUUGCGUAAGGUGAGCGAAACCUUAGACAGGUUGAACUGGUCGAUAUUUGGCAAUUCAGUGCUCAAUGAGUUUAAGGCACAACGCAACAAGUUUGAAAAUGGCUCAAACUAUCGGAUGUUGUAUACGGUUUUGGAGAACACUAUUGUGAUUGUGUUACGGUUGAUUUGGAUUGUGGUAAACAUUUACAAGGCAAUAUUUUUUGUGUUGAAGAUUCUCUGGAGAAUCGUGAGGAUGUUCAUUUAA